AUGACCUUCACAACCACCCAAGUGGAAGCCAAACUAUGUGCUGUGGAAGAAGACACUUUUGAGGUCUACCUGUAUGCAACGAUAAAAAAUGAAAAGGUUUGUGUUAAUGACGAUCUUGUUGCAAAGAACUUCGCUUAUUAUGCGUCACCUACACAGAACAAAACCCUUGAUUCUUUGGAGAAAUCAAGAUUCAGUAUAAAGCCAGCAUCAUUCUCCAGUAAACCGAACCCAGCCCUGACUCUGUGGCCGAUGCUCUGGCAAGGACGAGAUUUUCAAGCAGUGAAAAAUUCCCGUGGUUUAGAUUUACUGGUACAGCCUCUUCAGCAUUCCUGGUGCAAGGGUGUCGUCGGUGACCUCGGGCCAACUGCUGGAAUGCUGGACAGAGCUGUGAAAUGCUCUGCGGAUCCAUGGAGAGACCCUGCUGAAAACAAGUCAGAAAAGGGGCAGCUGGGAGUCUCCUUAAAAGACUUAAACAAGUGUCUUGAGUCCUCAGUGUACUGGCCAACAAAAAGAGACACCAUCUAUGCUGAUCCAGAUAUACCAGGAGCAAGUGCUUUAAGUCAGAAGUCAAAUGAGAAGUCACUUCGACUGGCUGAGAAAAAAAACUAUGAUGAGAAAAAUGGCUGUGUGAA